CACAUGCAUGAUGUCAUUUGAAGGGGAGUUUGGGAGUCUCUGGACUGGACCAACACUUCCAUUGAAUGUCUCCUCUUUCCAGUGGGACAGCCGCCAUGUAGGUUAGACAGGACACGCUGAUGUUUUUGGCGACCAGGAGUUUCAGCUUUAGCCGCCUAAACACGGUAGCUUAAACAAGAGGACCGUCCAAAAGAAAUCCCUGGAAGAUAACAGAAAGAAUGGGCGAAGCGAAAAGUGGCCGACGUCGCAGGGACUGAGCCUUCCUUAGAGGGCGGCUCCAUGUCCCCCUCGUCCCCGUGCCAGAUGCCUGCGAAGACGUCCCCAGUGUCCGCAGCGCCACCCGUCCCGCCGAGGAGGCUCUGUGGUCGGGACGGAGGCACGGGCAGGACGCGGCGGCCUGGGGCUGGAGGAGCGGAAAGGCGGGUUAAGUGUGUCCUGGUGGGGGACGGAGCUGUGGGCAAAACGAGCCUGGUGGUCAGUUACACCACCAACGGUUAUCCUACAGAAUAUGUCCCCACUGCAUUUGACAACUUCUCGGCGGUGGUAUCAGUGGACGGGCAGCCAGUCAAACUUCAGCUCUGUGACACAGCCGGGCAGGAUGAGUUUGACAGGCUGCGUCCGCUCUGUUACACCAGCGCCGAUGUCUUCCUGCUGUGCUUCAGUGUGGUCAGUCCCGUCUCCUUCCAGAAUGUCCCUGAGAAGUGGGUUGGGGAGAUACGGAGGCACGCCCCCUUCGCACCGCUAGUCCUUGUUGGGACUCAGUGUGACCUCAGAGAAGAUGUCAAGAUUCUAAUAGACCUGGCUAAGUACAGAGAGAGGCCAGUGGACCCAGCGGACGCCAGGGACUGUGCGGCUGAGAUUGGCGCAGUGGCCUACGUGGAGUGCUCGUCUUUAACACAGAAGAACCUGAAAGAAGUGUUCGACACGGCCAUCCUGGCCAGCCUGCAGAACCUCAGCUCCCAGAAGCACUUGAGAGGGAAACAGAAGCGUAGAGCAAAGAAAAGGCAGACACCUGACAAAAUGAAGAGUUUAUCCAAGUCGUGGUGGAAAAGGUACUGCUGUGUGACAUAAAGGAUGGACUUUGGGUCCUCUGAAAGUUUGUCUACAACCUGGACUGGUCUAAAGGAGAGGGAUGCUGAGCACAACCUCUUCUGGAGCCUUGUUGGGAUACCAAAGAUAUGCUCGUCUUAUCAUGCGGAACAUUUACCACAUAUAACUUAAUCAAAACAAGAACAAGAAGCAAAGAACCUUUUGUUGGAAUUAACUGGUCUUAACACGGACUAGAAGACUGAUAUUUUGACCAGGAAGUGAAACAUGUUUAAUCUGUUUUGGAAGAGUGUGACUGUUGUUUUAUUUGAGCUUUCAUUCGGUCCAAAGAGAGGUUGGGCAAGAAAGUCUCAUUUCCGCCAGGCAGUAUGGUUCAGUUCAGUACGGUACACAUUUUUGUAACAUUUCCCAAAAUGCCAUUAUGCCGUUCUGGAUUACGUUGCGAAGAGAGGAGUUAGCGCCAUUUGCGUUUUCAUAUGUAGUGCGUUUUUGUUAUUAAUUUGUUCCAGAAGGUCAGAAAAAAACAAUGCAAUUUUUCCCCAUAGGAAAUAAUGUAAAUCCAAUUAAUCUGUUCCAGACACCCAAAAAUAUGAACAAAAAUACAUUUUAUCAAGAAUAAUCACAGUUUACACACAGAAAACAAUGCAAAAUAGUUAUAAAUGACGAAUGGUUGGAACUUAUUGUCGAUGCGGACUUCUCAUACAUCCUGGCAAGAUCAAAUUCAAGUGUUUCUCACGUUGUUUGUCAAAUUGCUGGCACUCUGUGGCAACUUUUUUUUUUGGCCCUGUGGCAAGUUAUUUAGCAGUCACACUCAAUAAAAAAUGGACAGACAGCGAGCCAGCAAUAUUCUACGGACCCAAUGCAGCUAAUGCCAUCCCACUUACACAUUCUGCGAUGGAAAAGCCAGCUUGAUCCGAAUGGCACCACAGCGAACUAAACUGAACUUGAUGCCAGCUCCACUUUUGGUUCACCAGCACUUAUUUCACUCAGCACAUUUGCUUUGCCCGGCUUAAAUUUGUUCUCCACAUCAAAACCAAAUUUAAGUUCAACUUUGAUGUCGUUUGAAGGGCUGUAGAAAAAAAGCUUAUUUAAUCAAGAGAGUGCAUGAUAUGCUGCUCGCUCCGAUUCCUAUGAAGACAUUGGACCCAAAAUCUGCAGAUACUGUAUCUGCUAACAAAUAGAGACUCUAUGCGGGUGUCACGUGACCACCAGCACAACGCUGCAAUCAUGUGAUCUGUACUCUCUUUAAGUUGAGACUGGGAAGUAGACGAAGAAGAGAAGGCUAAAAUCCAUCGUCCAUUGAUUUUGUAGAAAAUGUGUGUUCGCCACAUCAGCUGUUUGCCUCCAGCUAACACUAUUUUUGACUUUUUUUUUUACAUAAGUCAACCAGAAGAAGAUCAGUACUAAAGAUGUAAAAGCGGGCGUAGACCCACUUCAUUUUUCCACCAAUGUAUCUAACGCCGCUGCCACUGUCACAAAUUCUACAGUACAUUACUCCAGUAGUCCCUUCACUUCUUCUUGUAGUCACCAUUGAGGUGAAUCAGUCUUAUUCUGUACAAGGAAACAAUCGGCACCUUCAUCUGCACACAACGACGUCUAGUCAAGAUAACAGCAAAGCUCCUGCUUGCUGGCUUGCACUACGACCCCGAUUUACAUCCAUUUCCACUGUUUGACUUUAUGCUUAUCGCAAGAUCAACACCAUUUUUCAGUCGCCAGGUGCAGAUUGUUGAGGCUUCGGGCACACGCAAAUGAGGAAUUUAGUCAAGUAUAACAGGGGUCCCCAACCACCAAUACCGGUCCAUGGGCGGGGCCAAACUGGGCCGAGGAAACCUUUCAGGCACAAUGAUAAAAAAAAUACACACACACACACACACAAAAAUACUUUUGUGAAUAACUAAGUACAAUUUAAGUAAAUGCACAUCAAUUUUUGAAAUAUGUGCCAUUUUUUUAUUUUAAAUAUAAUAUAGUUUGAAGUUUUUGCAUGUUUAUGUUGUUUGUUGCGAGUGUCCACUUUGUUUGACAGUCCUUGAACGCACCAUUGUACGUGCGCUAGCCUUCUCCCACUCUGCACAUAUUUGUCAAUUAUAUUGUAUUUUAUCGGGGUUUUUUCACUUCAUAUUUGCUCCCUGAUACUUAGUGGGAAUGCAUCAAGGUAAAGUUUGAUGACGUUCUUGAGUGCUAAUGUGUAUAUUUGUUGUGUGCACAGCUUCACGUUAAUUCAUGCUAGCACACUGACUGUUGGCACACACGUCAAGCAGCGGUGCUAUAAUCUUCUCUGAAAAACAAACUCCAAGUUUUAUAGUGGUGGAUGGUGGGUCUGUAUUCACUUUGUGCUUUUAAUUUGAUGUUGUUCCUGUCGUAGUUUUACACAAUACAUACUAAAUGAGAUCAGUUACAUCGCUAUAAGGACCCCCCCCCCCCGGUCCGCGGAGAUUUGUGGGAACACGAGCCGGGCCGUGGGUCCAAAAAGGUUGUAGACCACUGAAGUAUAAGGUCUGCAUGGACAAAAGUAUUGGGUCAUCACCAGAGUUGGGAGUAAAGGGUAAUCUGAUUAAUUACAGAUUACAGAUUACAGAUUAAUUACAAUUUCAAACGUUACGACCCCGUUACUGACGGUGACGUGUGGCGCAUAUAUCUCCAAUUUGCACACUGUCUGCAAUUUAAUGGUACACUCUCAACGGGACACACAAGACAAUUAAAGGUUUUUAAUUACUUUCUCUGGUAAUUUUAUUAAGGAAUAAUUACAAAACCUUGAGGGGAAACUAAAUUGCCCGACACUGGUCACUCCACCUACAGGAAUUAAAAACAGAGUUAGAAAGUUGGAGCUGGUGACCGUUUGGGAACAGAUAAGUGCCUUCCCCAAGUAGUUCCCACAAAGUCGGAAGCUCGGUGAAUAAUUAAGAUUCAGGGGGAAGCAAGAAGGUCUUGCUUGAUUAAUUAAGAUAUGUGUCUAUACUUUUAUCAUCAUCUUCUGCAUGUUUUGUCAAUUUGCAGUGAAAAACCUGAAACGCAGCGUGUGCAUGAGCCGCACCCGUUUGUGUACACGAUUGUUACCAAAGUCAGAACAAAACCCAAAUGAAUUGUAUCUUUCCUGCAAGGUCUUUGACACUGAAUGGGUCUGCAUCAGAGCGUGUGAGAAACCCUGACGCUGUCUAACAGCAUAAUCAACAUGUUUUCAUUGACAACACGUUUCUGAUUAUUCAUCUCAACCUCAUGGUUGUGGUUGUAAUCCUGAAAAGGUCAUUGCAUUUCCAAAUGUGGCAGUUAUCCCAUGACUCGUGUCAGUGUCAGGAUAGAUGAGGAUCCAAAAAGAUGCUACAGUAAUCAUUCAGUCAUUUUUCCUUUUUGGUUUUUAAAUUGAUGGUUGUGCUGUGUGUUUUUUUUGUGUUUUGCACUCAUUAUAAUGAAGAGCGCAUUCCCUCAGAGGGCAUAAAUCAGCCUUACUUACUCCAUUAACAUGCUGAUGUUUUUUUGUUGUUUUUCUCGUGCUGCUGUGCCUGAGCCUCACACUUUGAAAGAAGUACUGUACUGUUAAUAUUUAAUUCCACACAGACUGAAAUCGUAAGAUAGAGUAAACAAAACAAAUCUAGUGUUGAUACAAACCCAAGAUUGACUCAGUGACACUUAUUAAAUGAAGCUUAUGAUGGAAUUUUAUGUCAGCAACGACAAAAAGCACCCACCAGCCUGGCCACAAGAUAUAUAUCAUUAUUUUUAGGAGUGUGCGUGCGUGUGUGUAAAGCUGUGAUGGUGAUGGAGCUUUUUUUUUCUAGCCAUACAAAUGUUCCAGCUGCCAGUGAUUGAAUGGAUCCACUGUGUCCAUCCUGAUAGCAAAUACAUUGUUUGUUAGCAGGGAAAGGACGCACAAAGAGGCCUGUCUUGCAGUUUGUGAUGUGUCUCUGGUGCAUGAAGAAGUAGGCCAAAGGUCACACAGACGCUUGUGUUCAUUGACAUUUUAGUUAGUCAGUUUGUUUAUGGUUUUAACGAGUAGGAAGUAUCCUGAUAAAUAUAGUUGCUACCAUGCAAACAAUUAUAUUGCAUCUUCUUCAUAAGCUUAUUUAUCUGCCUUUUAAUUCAUGCAGGCCCAUAUAAUGUAUUUGUGUUUCCAUUGUCCCUGCAUUCAUUUUAAAUGGACUCGAAUCAAAGAUGAUUUUUGUACAAAGGUUUUAUACUUUGAGCAAUAAAGGACAUUUGCUAUAAUACAUUGCUUGUUUACAGUGGUAGGCGUGGCAUUGUGUGUGUGCUUAAAUAUAUCACCAGGAUGCGUGUCUGCGUCAUGCGAGACCACUCUCUGCAAGAUUUAUUACGACGAGGCCUCUGUACUUCUUCACACUGUAGAAGGCUCUUCAUCAUCAGGAUUUACAGUAAUGACUCGCAGCAGAAAAUAUUACUGGAC